AUGGGAUAUCGCCUCUUGAGGGAUCUGGACAUCAGCAUGCAGUUACGCGCAAUCUCUAACGUAAACGAUGAUGAUGAUGAUGAUGAUGAUGAUUUUGAGGGAGAGGAAUCAUCAGAGGAUAGUUUUGAGAGUGGGGGGGACGAUGUGGAUGAGGAGGAUGACACAUCCGAGUAUUCCUUGCAUGAGAGGAGGGAUAUACAUAUUGCAGAUAACUCAGUACUGAACCCCAUUGGUCGUACUGUUGAUCAGACUCCACCUCGUUCCCGUAUUGGUGGCGCAUCCAUUGGUGCCUCUAUCCGUCCUGAGGCAGCUGCAUCGUCAUCAGGUACUAGCAGAAGGUCUAAGGUUUCUACCGAAGAAACUAAUGAUUGGGUUGUGACAGACGACGUACCUGGCGGGCCAUGUGAUGGGUCAGUGAUUCCUAGUUUUCUUGGCCACGCUGCUUAUCAGUUGUGGAAUGGAGAACCAAGAGAUUACCUGACGAUGAAGCCAACGAAGAAGAGUUUGUCUAGAUUGCAUGGAUGGGUCCUCCCCGCUGUUCAGGUGCAAGCUUGGGUGUGGAUCUUGUUAGCCUCGACACUCUUCCUUGACAGGAGUGGGGGCAGGAUCAGUGCUUCGCUUAUGACUAAGCUACACGGAGGUAUUGACAAUAUUGGAGAGUACUCCUGGGGAUCCGGUACACUAGCAUUCCUCUACCGUCAGCUUGGUAUUGCAAGUCGAGCAGGGUGUACCACGAUGGCUGGUUGUAUGACCCUUCUCCAAGCAUGGAUAUAUGAGUAUUUUCCAUGCUUCCAUCCCUCCAAGAGGCGAGGACGUCGAGGUGUUGAUGGUUGGCCCAGAGCCCGAGACUGGACACCAGUUAGCUAUAAGGGCCUGAAGCCUAUUCAUAGUCGUCUCCAGCAGAUUCGUACGCAGCUCGACGCGAUGACUGAGCAAGAGGUCGAAUGGGAGCCAUUUGGUCGCGAACAGGCGGCAGUAUAUCCGAGGACCAUCUUCAGUGGGUGGAUUAUGUACCACGACUUCCAGGAGCCAUACAUGCCGGAGAGAGUGAUACGCCAGCUCGGUUACGUGCAGUUCAUUCCUCGUGCGCCGCUCAGGCCGGUAACUCAGUUUCGCGGGAAAAAUGCGCACAAGUAUUUAGUUGAUCGUCCUAUUGCCGAGACAUGUAACUGUUGGGUUAGAUUUCCGGAUUCGGAGUGCAUCAACCUCAGUCAUUGUGUGCCGGUAUCGUCCACUGAGGUAGGACAGGCAGCUGUAGAUUACCUCGACUGGUACAGGAGCCAUUCACAUCCAUUUCUACUGCCGGAGUCCGUACCGUCUACAUCACGCAUCCCAGGGAAGAACAGCACCACUUACUGGAUGCGUGAGAUGGAGAAGUUGACUCGAGGUUGCAUCGACGAUUUGAAGAAACUCGAUUUGGGUCUUGGUGAGGAGUGUGAUACUCGCCUGGAUGAUGUCAUCUUCCUGUACAGUCAGGCCCCAUGA